GAAAAAUUAAAUAUAGUUACCAUAAUGAUUUAUAAAACUGCAUAAAAACCAAUCAAUAUUCUACUAUAACCAAAAUUUAUUCAUAAACAUCAUUGCAAUUAGAUUUGGGAAUAAAAAAUUGACGAACGCCUCGAAAACCAGUUUCAACAACAAUUUCAAAAAAAAGGAAUUCGUAAAAUAUAAAAAAAACUUAAACAAAAUCUUAUUAACAAUCUAAUGAGGAGUGUUAAAAAUUAUAGUUUGUACGUAUGAAGGCUCAUUCAAAUUACAGAUGGCAACCCCUCUUCCAUUUAGCAUUCCUGGAUAUUCUUCAUCCCUAUUCUUCAUCCUAUUAUUAACCCCUUUUUCCUCUCCCAAUAACUUUGACAUACAAAUAGUUUCGGCAUCAACAUUUUGUGGUGUAUCUGCUCAGAGAGUGCCCUACGAUUCGAAAAUGAAUCACACACGCGAUAAUUAUGAGCCGUCCAACCAUCACAUCAAUUGUUCUUGCACCAAAAUAUUUAACGUGACUUCGAAUUCUGCAGACGACAAAAUGUUUAAUUUACUGAAUACCGCUCCAGAAGGGUACAGCAUUAUGUGUCGCGUGUAUUCUGGCAAUCAAAACCAUUUGACAGCCUUAAAUUCUUCAAAAAAUAAAUAUAAGGAUGAAACGAUAAUCUUUAAUCAUUCGCAUCAUCAAUACUACGAUGAAAUUCAACUCUCCGAUUUUAGAUUUCAAAAACUACCUGAGGAUAUUAUCCAACUAGAUCUUAGUAAUAAUAAUCUGAACCGACUAGACGGUAAAUAUUUCCUGCACAUGACCAAAUUGCAAAAAUUGAACUUAAAGGACAACCGCAUAUCUUAUAUUGACCCAGGAGCAUUCGAAGGCCUCAUCAAUCUCAUUAAAAUGGACCUCUCUAAUAAUGAAAUACAUGCAAUAAGUAGAAAAAUGUUCUCAGGACUUCCAAAACUACAAAGAUUGAAUUUUGCGGGAAACAACUUUCAAACAAUUUUAAAAGGAACAUUUGACGCCUUGCCCUCUUUAAAAUGGAUAAAUCUACCAAACAAUAAUCUAAUAUGCGAUUGUAAACUUAAGUGGAUUGUUAGCUGGAUAUCUCGAAAUCGGAUCAAGAUUCCUACUAACAUUGUCUGUGGUAAUUAUCCCAAAGCACUAAAAGGCAAAAGGAUUAAAAAAUUAAAGCGGAAAGAGCUUCAUUGUAAUUGGCCCCCGGAGUUCAGCCUCUUUACCAUAUAUCCAUCUACCCCUCAGCUCCUAUUCUCUGGCGACGCCCUUAAUCUCACAUGCACACUUGUUGAUGACAUCUUUGAGCAAACUGGCCCUUCUAUCAAUAAACUAAAGUUAGAAUGGUUUAUAGACGGGCUGACAGUGCCUUAUUCCCUUUCGCAAGUGGCUUGGAAUUAUAUAAUAAAUAACGAUACCAACUGGAUAUACAAGCCCGAUAAAAUCUUAGAAUCGAAAUAUAACAGCAAGAGACCCAACCAUAUUUUUGAAAACAAUACGAAUAGUUUGAAUUCAGGAAAUAAUAUACAUUUUUCUCGCAUAAUCGUGGUAUCGAAUCUUUACAUCUCAAGUGUCUCGGAAACCUACCACACUGGUACAUACUCUUGUAAAGCUACUCGCCUGGACGAAAAAGAUACAACGAAAGACAAAUUUGGGAAUGGAAAAGAGCUUAUUAGUACUUCCUUAAACCUGAGAAUUGACGUGGUUUCUACGGGAGAAAGUAAUUAUUGCCUAACUGAAGUAACUAAGAAUGCUAAGGGAAUAUUCGUUUGGCCUAAAAUAUUGAGAGGUGGAAGUGUGGCAGUUGACUGUCCCCAUGGGAGUGCCGGAAGUAAUUUGACGAAUGAUAAAUUUGGCCAAGCUCAUGGUAAUGAUAAUGCGAAUUUUAUGGGUAAAGCUAUUCGACAUUGUAAUUUGAACAGUUCCUGGGAAGAACCAAAUUCUCUUUCGUGUUUUUAUUCGGAUCCUACAACGCGUGAGUUGCUUACUCUUUCGAAGUCAGACAUGAGUAAUCCUUUUCGACGCUCCGAUAAUUUGAAAAGAAUCUACCAUUUGGUGUUCAAAAAUAAAUAUGGUCAAACAAAUACCUCCGAGAUUAUUCAACAAAUCGAUCUUAUUUACAUCGUCGAUACGCUAGAAAAAAUAGUACCCUACAUUAUAUCUUCCAGAUCAGAAAAGUCAGCUCAAUUUGUAGUCCAAAUUAUUAGUUCUAUAAUGGAUUUACCCGCAAACCUAUUAUCAAGCGCUUUAACUAGAAAUAAUUCUUCUUCCAAAAUAAUGAAAUUAAUGGACGAAAUCAUAAGUCUUUUGUCAGCCCAAGAAACAUUUAUAUACACACCAAACGUUAUAUUUCAAAAUUUUAUUGUCAAACCUUCAUUUUUCUACGGAAUGACAUGCGUUGCCUAUCAAACGCCGAACUCUAUAAAUACCGAUUUUCGUAAGGAUCAUAAAAAUUUUACAGAUUUAGACGAAAUUUAUGAAAACCUAGCAAACGAAUCCUUCAAGCCUACCCUACAAUACCCGUAUUCAUCUCACUCUUCGGCCAAUAAAUACAGCCCUUCCAUUAAUCAUCACAUAUCCAAAAUCUUGAAUUCGUAUUCUGGCCCUAAUUCUUUCUCGUGCUAUGCUGACCAGGCCUCCACAGCCAAUAUUUAUGAAAAUAGUUAUGAUGAUUAUCGUUACAAACAAAGUUUUUCCCCUCAUCUUUCAGGGAUAUUGACGGAACGCAUGUUUAUGGAGAUAUCUUCCGAAAGCAAAAACGAUUAUAGGGAGUAUAUUCAAGCCAUGAUUCGUAUUCCUAAGGAGUCCAUUAAUCCAGGAUCGAAAAAAUCAUCUAAUAUAAAUGUUGUUCAUAACUUGGAAUCUUUUAAAUCCAACUCAUCGAUAUCGGCUUUUAGCCAUAACAUAUUUAUACAAGACAAAACUACAAACUUAAAUAAUAUUGAAACUACCUUUUCAGAUGAAUUGCUUUCUACCAUAACUAUAGUUAUCUACAAAAAAUCCAAUAUAUUUGUCUAUAACGAUGAUUUUAAUAAAUCUAUAUACAACUAUGGAAGAGUCUACAAUCUAAAUAAUAUAAAAAUGGGACCCUCAAUUAGGCCGGCUAUAACUACGCCUGUUAUUAUCAUUAAAAUAGGCAAUAAAGAAAAUUUAAACGGUUAUUCAAACGUGAGCUAUAACCCAUUUACCGUGGUGUUUAAGUGCUUAGGGGCUUCAUUAUACGAUCAACCUGUUUAUUGGGAUACGUCCUCCACUAAUUACCAGAAAGAAAAACCACUCGAUGGAUGUACAAUCGUAAAAUAUAUUGAUAAAUUCUGUAUAUUGCAAUGUAACGUAGUUAAAAAUCUCGCUCUGUUACAAGACUCCACGUUGUCGAUGUACCAAAAACAUUCACGAUUUAAUAAUGGUUAUAAUGAUGUCAGGGGCGUUAUUAAAUCUUUGGAAGGUUCGAACAUUGUCAAAUCGAUUAUGAGUUACCGAAAAUAUUCUUAUUAUGUAUACAACAAUAACUUUCAGAAUCAAUUGCUACCUUGGUACAUGUACAUAGGAGGGUGUUUGUUGUUUAUCUGCUUAGUCGUGUUGUCCGUCAUUUAUAUCACGUUUCAAGGGACAAUUAUUAUCAAUAAUGCUUUGAGGCAUUCCCUCAUAAAUUAUUGGAUCGGGUGCUCUCUACUGCUGUUUAUCUAUCUUUUUGGGAUCCGUUUUUUCAUAAGCAAAGAUGAUGCCAUGAUCUUGAUACCUCUUGCAUGUAAAUUAGUGGGUCUCAUACUUCACUAUACAGCAUUGAGUGUCUUGUUUUGGCUAACAUUGAUUUCCAAGACGAUACAUGAUGGUAUAAUGUAUAAGUACAAAAUUGAAAUGGCUAAAUUAAAAACUUCAUCUGUAAAGUCUCACAACAAUUCAUCAUAUUCUACUUCUUUAGUCCAGUCAGGCACAUGCGUCUAUGAUUUAAUUCAACUAAAUAGAGGUCUUAACCUUCCGGAAGAUUUCGAUAGGAACAAAGUAUUGCGAAAGGAUGAGACAGAUAACCCCAAUUGUAGCAGAAGUUUUUUUAACUCCAAAAUUGUUCCCAAUCAUUAUUUACAGCAUCGUUCGUUAGGCCAACCUAAUAUUGAAGAUUACGAUAAAUUUGGACACUUAGACGCACACGCCCCAAAUAAUGUCUACCAAACCAAUAAUACCUCAUUUUCUUCUAAUGCGAAAUUAAUUUUUUCCACCGAUUACAAUAAUAGACUUACAAAGAAAUUGCCUCUAUCUCCUUCCUAUCCUGUUCUCAGUCAUUAUUUCGUCGGUUAUGGAGUGAGUAUCAUUAUUUGCGGUAUCACGGCCGCCAUAUCCAUGGAAAAUUAUUAUUCCAUCGAUAACGGAUACUGUUUCCUGGUAUGGGACGUAGCACUCUGGUCAUUUUAUUUACCAGCCUCCAUACUAAUUUUGGCUAAUUGUAUUUUCCUAACGAAAUGCACCUAUAUCUUUCACUAUCAUUUUAACAAUACAAUUUGUCACCAUAAUUAUCAAUGCGACAAUGACAAAUCGAAUUCAAAUAAUCGGGGCUUUGAUCUUUCUCCAUUGUCGCAAUGUCAUAAUCGCCACAUAGAAGAACUUUCUUUCAAUUUAUCACCUACCGGAUUCGAGGAAGAUUCCUGUUCAAAACGAGACAUGACGAAUUUUAAAUAUGAUAAAUGUUGUAGGGAGCAAGGCUAUCCUAAUUUCAAACCCCAAAACUAUCAAAAUUUUAUUUGCGAUACGUAUCAUGACACUCACAGUGAAACCCUUAGUUUACUUCCCUCCGAUUCCCUUGAUCUGUGUCCUAAAUUUAUUAAGAUUGAUAUAGAAGAAGGCAUAAAUCAACAACAUCCGCUUUUUAAAACCAAUAACUACGAUAAACAAAAUAAACAUAAUCGAUGUAGGACAACAGCUGUAUCAAACCUCAAAAAUAGUUUCGAAUCAAUACCCAACCACUCAAAAUUAAAAUCAUCGCCCACCAUCUGCGAAUAUAGGUAUUCGCAAAAUAAAAAUAUCAAGAUCUCCAAACGCCGUGCAAGGCGAAAUAAUAGGAAAAGACAAUAUCAUCAUCAGUUUUCAUACGAUAACUUUUGUUUCGCUAAACAAUGUGUUCCCAUCGGAAAUCAUAAAUUAUGCGAUAAAAUGGACAAGGAUGUUAUUUGGCUAACUAAAAACUUAAAAACGCGAAAUCUCUUGCAUAAUUUGGCUCACAAACAACGCGACAAUCCUAAGGAAUGGAAUUAUCAAAGCCAAUCAAUAAAUCAUCGGGUUCGUAAACAAUUGAUUCCCCCUUCUGAUUAUCAUACACCAAUUCGGUGUGAUAAGAAUAAUACCUUAAGUGAUUUAUCGACUAAUAUUUUAAACAACCCGUCUUACGUGCUUAAUUUAACUAAUGAUAAUGAAAAUCAAAUAGAAAACGUGAUAACACGUUCGGCAAAAUUUGUGGUCGAUGGUCAAAAAUCGAUUCCUAACUUGAUAAAGUUUCACCUUCUCACCAUGCUAGCCCUCUUUAUAUUGUGGCACAUGGCCGGUCUCAGCAUUAAGAAAGACGUUCAGGUUUCUCCAAUAUUCGAUGUCAAAGAUAUGGAUAUCGAUCGAGUCAAAUUGGGUAGCUUGACCAAGCAACAAAAGGCACAGGAUGAUUAUCAACCAUCGUUUUAUUAUUUCAUGGAUGAUGAAAAUGAUAACAUGUUCAAUCGAUUUGAUCAAAAGGCUCAUAUGUCUAAUCUUCAUUUCUAUGGUGGCAACAAGAUAGGAUCUUCUACUGAAAAUAUCAAACGUAUUUACGUGAGAUCGGACUUUGCCAAAUUUUUAUUCUCUAAUAAAGGUUGGCCUCUUCAAGCUGAACUCACAGGGGAAUCAAAGCUAGAUCCUAACCAUUUACGGUAUUAUCUGGAUUACUUCGCCUCUUAUUUUAGAAACUCGAAUUCCCUGAACCCACAUGUUGUCGAUAAUAACAUUUAUACGCAUAAUUCCUUUACCCAAAUGAAUAAAAGACGUAGACUUAGAUUAAGAGGCGGACUGCCCUCCUACGCUUUUACGACUAUAAGCAUAAUGCUAGGGCUGACACUUUUUUUCUACCAUGGACUGAGUAGGGAUGAUAUAGUUAAGCCCUUCAGGAACAUUUUAUGGCUCAAAAAUUUUGUGGGCCAAAGAAUGGCACAUGUUGAUGAUUUGUCCAAAAAAAGAUACUGCCAAUUUGUGUUACCUUACGAUAACAGGUUAAACGGCGUUCGAACUAGUCAACAUGGUGAAGCAAAUAAUAUGAAAAUAAAAAAUAGUGAAAUUGAAUCUUUGUCUAUUGUUAGGGAUAAAAUCUUAAAUACCUCUCAAUCGGCUUUUAAUAGUAAUAUGGUUUUGCGGCAACAUUAUUCGUGGGUUCCGGCUACAAACAAUAGGAAGAAGAAAAUUAUCAGAGGAAUUGGGAAAUAUAGUCGAUCGACUAAUAUACCAAUCAUCAUGAUGAACGUAUUAAAUCAUCACUAUGGUGAUCAAAUUGCAAGCCGCCAUGACAUUUCUUAUGCCAAAGCCAGCACAUCGAAUGAACAGGAGGGAAAUCAUUUUUGGUCAUCUCGUUGGUAUCGUAGCAAACCCGCUUCUAACUAGUAGGACCAAACAAACCAUCAUGAAUAAAUUUUCUUUGAAAGUGAACUGAAGCGACAAGAGAUUUUUGGUUUGUGUUUUAUUUAAUUUAUAAUAGAUUUUGAUUUUGUUAAAUUUAAUUAGAAUUAGAUUUUGUCUUGUUGAAUUUAAUUUUAUUGAAUAUCUCAGGUAUAACUCUUACAUAUUUAAUUAUUACGAAUAACCAUUAAUUUUAGAGAGGAGUGCAAUAUAUAAUUUGCUAGGUAUGUACAGAUAAUAUCAAAUAAUACAUUUAUAUAAAUUCUUAAAUUUACAAAUCAUGAAUAUGUGAACAUAUUAGAUAUAUUUAUAAUGUACAGGGUAUAUGAUAAUAUAAUAACUAUUGUUCUAGACAUGCAAAAAUUGAUAUUUUAGUGUGAUGUAAAAAUUUUAA